AUGCCCCUACAUUCUGUGAAUCGACAGCUUACCUCGCCGUUUGCCUCCCUGCCCCCACUCACGCCCCGGGCUGCGGCGGCUGCUGCCGCCAGCUUCGCUCGCGUCCUCGUCAGCAGCAAUGCCGCGCCUGGCGCCGACAAAGCAGCCCAAAGAAGGGCACGAAAGGCGACCCAGCGGGCCCGCAAGAAGGCUGCUCGGGCUGCGGCCCAGUCCGCGGCGUCCUCCCCGCCGCCCACCACCACCGGCCCUCCAACCACCGCCGGCCUGCCCACCACCGCCGAUGCCGGCCCGGCGCUGGCCACGCCUUUCGCGCCUGCGGUUGCCGCCCUCGCCCCCGCCACCAUCUCCCCCGCUCCUGCCCCGUCCCCGCCCUCCCCGGAGGGACAUAUUGUACGCGAGCACGCUCCCGAGGUACGAAUUCUCGACGAGUAUCGUGACACGCUGGAGGCCUUGCCAAUGGAGCCGCUGUUGCAGUAUUCCAAACAACUUACGAAGCAGAACGCUUGGGCCCUUUCACGACCUGGAAAAGUAGUUAGAAACAGCGUACGGUAA